CCAAUGUUAAUGUCGACCGACGUUGCAUCCUUAAUGCUGCCCGUUAAUCGGGGAAUAAUGGACCGCGAAAGAGACAUUGAUACGGCAGCCGCGGGACCUCACGCGAACGCAGCCGGGGGUCCAGCGGCUGUCCGCGGGAUGAAGCGGGGGGACCCCGAGCCUGACGCGCAGACAGCCGCUGCCCUCACCGACUUGGCCGGAGCGGAAUGCAAAAGACCGAGGAUAGACGGCACCGGGAGCGUGGUGGGAGACAUCGGACAGAACAAUGAGCCUUUAAACCCUGGUUUCCAUGGAUACCCACCUCACAGUCAGGGCUCGCAGGAUUCGACUGGAGGACAGGAGGCUCUGGUAGCUCCACCCUUCGCAACCUUCCCUCCUCCGCCCCCGCCUCAAAACGGGCUGCCAGGAGCGGAGUUUGGCCCGGGGGCCAUGUUUGGUGCUGGGGGCCAAGGAGCAGCUGAGCUAGGGGUUGGUGCUAAUGGAGCCGCCACCACACCCAACAGCAACAAUGCAAAGACAGAGGAGGUGCCCCAGGGUGAGGCGGGUGUACAGUGUGCUGCAGGAGGAACAGGAGCGGGAGGCUCCGCCGGAGACUCCUCGGAGGCCAAAGGGACCCCAAAACGCCUCCAUGUCUCAAACAUCCCCUUCCGCUUUCGGGAUCCAGACCUGAGGCAGAUGUUCGGGCAAUUUGGGAAGAUUCUGGAUGUAGAGAUUAUAUUCAAUGAGAGGGGUUCAAAGGGUUUUGGCUUUGUGACAUUUGAAAACAGCGCAGAUGCAGAGAAAGCCAGGGAAAAGCUGCAUGGCACUCUGGUAGAAGGACGUAAGAUUGAGGUGAAUAAUGCCACCGCCAGGGUGAUGACUAACAAGAAAAUGGUCAGCCCUUACCCUAACGGAGAGGCUCUCAGCACGCUGCCCUAUGCAGGGUGGAAAUUGAGUCCAAUGGUGGGGGCCGUGUAUGGACCGGAGCUCUAUGCUGUUCCAGGUUUUCCGUACCCCUCUGCAGCAGCAGCUGCAGCCACCACAGCAGCUGCAGCGUUCCGCGGUGCCCACCUCCGGGGCCGUGGCCGGCCCGUUUACAGCGCCGUGCGGGCCGCCGUGCCCCAGCCUGCCAUUCCUGCCUACCCUGGCGUGGUGUAUCAGGAUGGGUUUUACGGAGCGGCAGACCUCUAUGGAGGUUACCCUGCUGCUGCUGCCGCCGCCGCUGCUGCCUACCGCUACGCCCAGCCCGCCGCUGUAACCGGAGCAACCGCUGCAGCUGCUGCCUACAGUGACAGUUAUGGUCGGGUGUACACCACAGAUCCAUACCACGCUCUGGCUCCAGCUGCAGCUGCGUACGGAGUGGGAGCCAUGGCCAGUUUAUAUCGAGCGGGAUACAGCAGGUUUGCUCCAUACUAGAACCAACAGCUGCACUUGAGGAACCCCCCUCUGGCCCAGCCCCCGUGUGGCGAGAGCUCCCCUCCAUUCCUCUGCUGGCAGACUAUAGUUCCAACUCACCCGUUUAGUCAUUUUUCUCCCUUUUGUAGCCCGAAGGCUCAACGCCACAUCAUCGAGUCCUCCUCCGUCUGACGUCGAAUCCGUGAAAAACUGCCAGGACUGUCCCCCGAAAGCUGGAGUCUGCUGUUGCUUUGCACGUCCGGGCAGGACGCGGGGUGUUAGGGAACACUUACGGACCUGAGGGGGGAGGACCGCUGCUCCUGCUCCAUCCGCCACACUACAAAGCCCUUUCUCCUCCGAGCCGAUGAACUGGAUCCACUGCCCCGUGAGACCCGAUCAGUUAGCAGCAGGCCACCAGCGUCCUCCACGCUCCCCUGUUCUGAUCCCAGAACUGCCACAACACUAUUGUACAAAGGUACUUUUAGACACUACAUCCAUAUAAAGCUACAUCAACACCAUCCCUGCAGUUCAACGCUAUAGAAUAAAAAAAAAGAAUUAAAGAUUCAGGACAUAUAGGAAUAAUGUUUACUUUUUCCAAAGCUAGAAUCCUGAACUCUCAGCAAACCACUCGUCUUUCAGCAACUAUGUACUAUAUCCUCCUUGUUUUUGUUGUCACUUUCAAAUGACAACUUUUGUCCCAAGUGUUGGAAAAGAAAACCCUCCGAGAAAAAAACCAAACACAAAAAAAAGACAAAAAGAAAAAAAGCGACAAAGAAAAAAGUGACUCUUCUUUUCUGCAUUACCUCAACUCUUGUUUUUCUGCCAUUGAGAAGGAGCUGUGAGAGAUGUGGACGAACUCCAUCUGUCGACUCAUUUGCUGAUCAGCACGUGUUUUAUUGGUUCUGUCUGCAGCACCGCUGUCCUCAGAUUAUAAAAUCUGGGUUCCUUUUUUCCACUCCUCUUUGAUCUGCCGGAGUGUCUUCUGUCCAUCUCUGCAUCCUGAUGCGUCUUACAUUCCAGCGAUGCAGCCCAUCAAGCGGGACACAGAUUAGAUCUGCGGUCAAUUAGAAGAUCCGGACUUAGUGGAUCCCAUCAGGAGAGCCGAGGCUGAGGGAAUCUAAUGAAGUGCGAAAAGUGUGAAAUGAUGGGAUUCUGUCAUCGAUUGUCUAUUUAUAUUCAUCUUUCCACAUGGGCGAGUCCUCGCCGUCAUCAUGUUCUCGUGGACGGCUCGCCCUGGUCAAGGACGUCCUGAAGAGUUUGGGUUAGCCAUGUUUGUGUUUGUACUUUUAUUGCAGCUGUUUGGUUCCAAAGACUUUUUUAAAAGAGAAGCACAUUGUUUUGGUCCAGAUGCAUUUCCUACUUUUGUGCUCGAUUUUUUUUUUUUUUUUUUUUAAGUCUGUGAGUUUUUACAGUGCAGUGUUGUAGCAGCACCGGAGAAAAGUCGAAAGGUCGUCGUCGUUGUGAGGUUUUUUUUCCCAUCGGCAUCGGUGGUUGAAGCUGGCUCGGUCGAUGCGUUUGCUGCAGAGGAGAUCCGAUCAAAUGGGAGACACGAGGGACGCUCUGGAGGAGGGGGGGGGGAUGCUCUGCAUCGACAGGGCCGGGGCGCCCCGAGGCCCAGCGGGAAGUGCCCUCCAGCGCUGAGCGUGGCGGCUUCGGCGGGGAAUGUUGUGAAGCAGAGCCAUUACUCAUUAGCUGACAGAGUAACGGCGCCCCCGCCGUGCUCGGGGGGCUGCAGGCUGGAAUCUGUUGUUUGGUAUGACUGUGCGCAGUAGGUCCAGUGAGUGUUUCCGACGAGCAUUACCUCCUUUUUUGUGUUAUUGUGCUUUACGAGUAUUUCCAGACGUGUGGCUAUGCAUGUUUUUGAAGGCGGGAAGGCGUGUUUUCCAUUUGUGCAUGAACUCAAAUGCUGGAGGGGAAGAGGAGGUUCACCGAGCGAGGAGGAGGAGGAGGUGUUUGUGAUGCCGCAGCAGUGAUAGGAAGCGCAGUGAAGCUCCAUGGAUUUGAAACCGCAAAGUCAGUCAGGUUCGGGAUUCUGGGUAAUCUCUGCUGUGGGCCUCUGUGGUCGCCACGGCGAUCACCAGUCAAAUCAGGUGCAAACUUCAAUCAGGUUCCCGUGGUCGGCUUCUAAAGACGGAGAGGUGACGGUGAGCGCGUUCGGAGCUCCCGGAGGUCUGGUGAAGGCUCUCCUCAGCUGCUGACGUGGACCCCCCCGCCCCGCGCUGUGCGACGUUCUGUACAGAGAUCUCAGAAGUGGGUUUCUAUUGCAUGUGGACAAAAUGUUUUCUUUUCUUUUGGGGUCACAUGCUCUUAAAAACCCAUUUAUCCAAGUGACUUUUUUUUUUAAGUAAGUGACAUGUAUUUUCUCACAAUGUUUAAUUUUGCCAUUGUUGUGUCUGCCUCUAGUUUAUUAUUCUCAUUAUUAUUGAAUGUACAUAAUAAAUAAACGGUUUGGUUUUUAUUAAA